GGCAGGAAUUUGAUGUCAAAGCCAAAUGUGUUAUCAAUGCUACGGGACCUUUCACAGACUCUGUGCGCAAAAUGGAUGAUCAGGAAGUACCAAACAUCUGUCAGCCGAGCGCAGGCGUGCACAUUGUGAUGCCUGGUUAUUACAGCCCUGAUAAUAUGGGUCUGCUGGACCCAGCCACCAGCGACGGCAGAGUGAUCUUCUUCCUGCCCUGGGAGAAGAUGACAAUUGCAGGGACCACCGACAGCCCGACCGACGUGACGCCCCACCCCAUUCCCACCGAGGAGGACAUCAACUUCAUCCUGAGCGAAGUGCGCAACUACCUCAGCGUGGACGUGGAAGUGAGAAGAGGAGACGUGCUGGCAGCCUGGAGUGGCAUUCGCCCUCUGGUCACAGACCCCAACUCCAAGGACACGCAGUCGAUAUCCCGGAACCAUGUCGUCACCAUUAGUGACAGUGGCCUUGUCACCAUAGCAGGGGGGAAGUGGACGACGUACCGCGCCAUGGCGCAGGACACGGUGGACGCGGCUGUGCGGGCGCACGGCCUGCAGGCAGGCUCCAGCAGGACCAUCGGCCUGCAGCUGCAGGGGGCUGAGGACUGGAGCCCCACCCUCUACAUUCGCUUGGUCCAGGACUAUGGACUCGAAAGCGAG